CCGGCAGAAACCAACCCAAAAAAGAACGGGACAACGGACAGAGCACAUGUGAGCUUCCCAAGCUGCUUCGGCCUUUGAUCGUGGCCAUUAUCAACGGCAAGAGACGCACCAAUGGCCGCCUCCGAUGGCUUCGGCCACAGCAAUGCUGCCGGUCAGCCAGACACCACUGCCGUCCCCAACACGGCGCAGUUACCCAGCCACGGACCCUCCAAUAUGCUCGACGAACAUCUCCUCACCCCUGCUUCCAUAAACUCUGUCGAGGUACACGGCGCUCCCAACACUCGAAGAAGCUUGCUCGACCAUGUCUUCAAGCCCUUGAUAGAAGACGGUACCCGUGCUGAGACGACCCUGGGCCAAGUCCUCGACCGCAUUGGGGUAGCUACCAAGAAGCUCGCCCGUUUCGACAUUUUCAAGGAGGAGGGAUUCGGUGUGUUCCUCUCCGAGGCCCCGCGCUCUGAAUCCGCACCAUCGACGGGCAGAACCGAGCUCGAUAUCUCUGUCCGGGUCAAGGAGAAGUCGCGGCUGGUUUUCAGCGCCGGCACCGAUUUCGGCAAUGCCGAAGGCUCAGCAUACACCAACGCCGUCGCACGCAACAUCUUUGGAGGCGCCGAAACGCUCUCCGUCAACGCCAGCACCGGCACCCGAACGAGAUCAGCCUACAAUGCCGUUUUUUCGGCCCCCAUAAACGGCAACCCGGAUCUGCGACUCUCUCUGGAAGCGUUGCGCUCGGCGACACAAAAGCCAUGGGCCUCGCACGAGGAGCACCUAACCGGCGCGAACUUACGGCUCGCCUGGCUGGCUGGCAACAGCGACAGCCACGCCAUCGCAUACUCGGCCGCCUGGAGGCAACUCACAGGCCUCACCGGCACGGCAUCCCCCACGGUCCGCGCCGAUGCAGGGGACUCCGUCAAAAGCUCGCUCACGCACACCUUCACGCGUGACCGCCGCGACAACCCGAUGCUCCCGCAGAGCGGCUACCUCAUCCGAACCAUUUCCGAAUUGGCCGGGUGGGGCCCCCUUCGCGGCGAUGUCUCUUUUGCAAAGACGGAAGUGGAGGCCUCGGGUGCCCUGCCCGUGCCGAUUCCCGGCUCGGCCACCAAGUCCGGCAUCUCGGUCGGAGGUGGUCUCCGCCUAGGCGUCCUCUACCCGCUUCCGUCGGGCUAUUCCCUCACCGGUCCCGCGCAGCCAAGCCGUAUCAACGACCGCUUCCAGCUCGGCGGGCCUACCGACGUCCGCGGCUUCAAGCUCGGCGGCCUCGGCCCCCACGACGGGACCGAUUCCGUCGGCGGGGACGUCUUCGCCGCAGGCUGCGUCAAUGCUCUGAUUCCCCUGCCCCGGACGGGGCCCGAAUCCCCGCUGAGAUUGCAGCUGUUUGCCAAUGCUGGACGGCUGGUGGCCAUCAGCAACAAAGGGAAGGCCAAGGAAGGCAGUGAGGGGCUCGCGAUGGAUUCCGCCACCGUUUUCAGGGGCGUGAGGUCAGCCGUUGCCGAGCUCACCAACGGCUUGCCAAGCCUGGCCGCUGGUGUCGGUCUGGUGUACGCCCACCCUGUGGCCCGCUUUGAGCUCAAUUUCAGCCUGCCGCUGGUGUUGCGGAGAGGAGAGGAGGGGCGCAAGGGCUUGCAGGUUGGUGUGGGCAUCAAUUUCCUGUAAUAGGAGCAAAACCUCGGCUCUCUGCCUUGUAAUCAGUAGCCAACAGCAGUGACUUUGUUGGGGACACCUCCGUUGCACGAAGUUCGGCGAACCAAUGUGCUAUUCACGCGCCAUCAUGAGGGCUGUCUGUUCGAACACCUUUUGCCAACCUACGCUGGACACGGCGAGGAUGGGUCCUGGUCCCGCCGUCGCUUUCACUGUAG